AUGGUGCUGAGUAAAGGCAAGUUUAAGGUCGCAUCGAAGGUGCGAGGGAAAGAUAUCGACGCGCUGAGCGCGGAGGAGGUGCAGAGGGUGCAGGAUGCGGUGCUAGGCGAGUACGCGGGGACGCUGGCGUUGGAAGAGAAGCAAAGAAUCGACGCCGGUACGCGACGUUGA